AUGGAAGCAGAAACGUUGAAAGCAAAAGUUAAGCAAAAGCGUAUACGCAAAGCGCCAUAUCGAAAAUGGAGCGAGUGGGAGCAGCAGCAAUUGGUAAAUUUUCUGCGCCAAAAUAGGCCAAUCGAAAAGCCAAGUGCGCAGCUUUACUACAAGCGCUUCUUGAGCGAAAAUGGGCUUGAGAUAGAAUGGUCAACGGUGCGCAGCAAGGUCAAGAAUCUGAAGCAUACCUACAACAAGACAUGGAACAAUUCCACCGGGGCUGGGACUAUGCGAGAUGGCGAAACAACGCGAGAUACGCUGCUAAGGGAGUGCCCACUCUAUAAUGAGUUGGAAGAGAUAUUCGGUUAUAGGGAACAUCAGGCUAAUGCUUUUGUACUUGAUUCAGAAGACAGCAACACUAUGGAAUAUUCCACUGCUUCAGUAGAUGACGGAUCACCAAAUAUUGUCCUCGCCCCAACAGAAGACACUUCACGAAGCCCAGCUGCGUUUUAUGAAAUUGUCGAAGAAAGCGCUACAUUGGUAGAAACUCCGCGCACUACAGCGCAAACUCCACUAGUUCCACGUAAAGGGAUUUAUUCACGCACAGCACUUGCAGAUGUACUUGAAGUACAUUCCACAUUGGCGGAGUUCAAAAAGGAGAAGCUUGUUGCGGAAAAAGAAUUAAGGGAAAGGGAGCUUCUGCUGAAGGAAAAGGAAUUUAAUUUAAAGAAGGAGAAACAUGCUACUUACGAAAGACUUAAAUUAUUAGAAUUAGAAUCGAAAGAAAAAAUUGCAAUGAAAGAAAUAGAGAUGCGGGAGCGUGUAGAGAUGGAAAAAUUAAAAAUUCAAAAGUGAAAAAUAUAAAAAAGGGAAAUACAUGGUGAAAUUAUAAAUAGAUUUGGUAAUAAAACAGCGCUCUUGCUUUAUUUUCCUGACAUUCGGAUAUCUUAUAGACAUUUUUAAAAGCAAAUUUUCAGAUAGGAUAGUGUAAAAUUUUUCUUAUCGCUCUUAUUACUACACCUGGUAUAAUUUCAUCAUGAGGGAAAUAAGUAUACUAAACUAUUUUAAAGAAAAAAAGUGAAGUAAUUACAAAUGCUAUAAAAGAUUUACAAAAUCUACA